UGCGCGCGCCGCGUGUGUGUGUGUGUGUGUGUAUAGGGGGUGGGGGGUGGCAAAUUUAAAUUGGAUACAUUUGUGUUUUCUGGACCAGGGAGUCUGUCCCUGGCUCUCCUGCCACUGGAGCCCAAGCAAUCUGAAAAUGCCCCCACGGCUCAGGAAUAAAUAUGCAAGGCUUGUCAUACUGUUGCAGUUCUCGCUCCCAGCUGAUAGGGUGACGUGUGGUUUGGAGGCUUGGAGAUUGGCUUUUGGAUUUGGCUUCUUGCUGCAGCUUAAUGGGCAAGAUUCUCUCUCUCGCCCAGAAACCAGACGAGCAGUUCAUUCCGUUCGCCUCUUGCGCCGAGAUGCUGGGAAAUCUCCCGCGGUGAUGGUGUGAGAGAGGGAGCGGGCGAGCCACAGACCGGGGGAAGCCCGGCCGACGUGACUGCGGUCUGAGGGGGCCCUCCAGACCUUCAGGUCGCUCCCUAUCGAUCACCCUCCUCCUCGCCUCCCUAGCCGGCGUGAUCCCCGCCUGCGCCGUUUCCUCCCUCCUUCCCGGGCUCAGGCUCUCCCGGAGGGAGCCCUUGGGCAGAGUCGGUGCUUCGGUUUGGGGGGUGGCUGGGUUUUUGGUAGUUGUCGCAUUUCAAACAAAAAGUCCGAGUGCUGAGACGAACCCUGAGCUCCCCCGAUCCAGACCCUGAGCUCCCCCGAUCCAGACCCUGACCCCCUCCCGUCCCAGCCUCCCUCUCCAGAUGCGCUGCCCCUCGGCUCCCUGACAGCUGCGGAGCCACAGUGGGCGCGCGCGGCUAGCGGGACUGAUAUGCCCAGGACUCGGUUCGUCGUCUGCGGCCGGCCAGCGGGAGCGAUGAGCUGCCUGUGAACCUGGAGGCCCUGUGGUGGGGGGAUCACGCACCUUCCUCACCGAGCCCCCCACCACCGCCCCUUCCCGGACCCCUCCCCCAAUCCCCCCAGCUAGGACCGAGGCAUAGAGGCCGUCGCCAAAGGUUCCUGGCCCAUCAGGAGGACCCCUGCAGCUGUGGUGCAAGCCAGCAGCUAAAUCUUGUGUAUGGCGUGGUCAAAGUUGCGGCCCCUCACCUCUGCCUUCCUCCACUUCGGGUUGGUUACUUUUGCACUCUUCCUCAAUGGUCUGCGGGCAGAGGCUAACACAGCUGGGGAUGUGGAGAGUACAGGGCAGAACAAUGAGUCCUGCUCAGGGUCGUCAGACUGUAAAGAGGGUGUCAUUUUGCCAAUCUGGUACCCGGAGAACCCUUCCCUGGGGGACAAGAUUGCCAGGGUCAUCGUUUAUUUUGUGGCCCUGAUCUACAUGUUCCUUGGGGUGUCCAUCAUUGCUGACCGCUUCAUGGCAUCGAUUGAGGUCAUCACUUCUCAGGAGAGGGAGGUGACCAUCAAGAAGCCUAAUGGAGAGACCAGUACAACUACUAUUCGGGUCUGGAAUGAAACUGUCUCCAAUCUGACCUUGAUGGCUCUGGGCUCCUCUGCCCCAGAGAUUCUCCUGUCUCUGAUUGAGGUGUGUGGUCACGGGUUCAUUGCCGGAGACCUGGGGCCUUCUACCAUCGUAGGCAGUGCAGCUUUCAAUAUGUUCAUCAUCAUAGGCAUCUGUGUCUAUGUGAUCCCCGACGGGGAGACCCGGAAAAUCAAACACCUUCGGGUCUUUUUCAUCACUGCUGCAUGGAGCAUCUUCGCCUACAUCUGGCUGUACAUGAUCCUGGCGGUAUUUUCACCAGGCGUGGUUCAGGUGUGGGAGGGCCUGCUCACUCUCUUCUUCUUUCCCAUAUGCGUCCUCUUGGCCUGGAUGGCAGACAGACGGCUACUCUUCUACAAGUAUAUGCACAAAAAAUACCGUACAGACAAGCACCGAGGUAUCAUCAUAGAGACAGAGGGUGACCAUCCCAAGGGCAUUGAGAUGGAUGGGAAGAUGAUGAAUUCUCACUUCCUAGAUGGGAGCCUGGUGAUGAUGGAAGGGAAAGAAGUGGAUGAGUCUCGCAGAGAAAUGAUUCGGAUUCUCAAGGACCUGAAACAAAAGCACCCAGAAAAGGAUCUGGAGCAGCUGGUGGAGAUGGCCAACUACUGUGCCCUUUCCCAUCAGCAGAAGAGCCGAGCAUUCUACCGGAUCCAAGCCACCCGUAUGAUGACCGGGGCAGGCAACAUCCUGAAGAAACAUGCAGCGGAACGAGCCAAGAGAUCCUCCAGGAUGGGCCAGGUGCACACCCAUGAGCCUGAGGAUUUUGUGUCCAAAGUUUUCUUUGAUCCGUGCUCCUACCAGUGCCUGGAGAACUGUGGAGCUGUCCUCUUGACUGUGGUGCGGAAAGGGGGUGAUACCUCCAAGACUGUGUACGUGGACUACAAGACGGAAGACGGUUCUGCCAAUGCUGGGGCUGAUUAUGAGUUCACAGAAGGCACGGUGGUCCUGAAGCCAGGAGAAACCCAAAAGGAAUUUUCUGUUGGCAUUAUUGAUGAUGACAUCUUUGAGGAGGAUGAACAUUUCUUUGUGAGGCUCAGCAAUGUUCGCAUAGUGGAGGAGCCGCCAGAUGAGGGCCUACCCCCUGGCACAAUCCACAACCUGCCCUUGCCGAGGGCAGUGCUGUCCUCCCCCUCUGUGGCUACAGUCACCAUUCUGGAUGAUGAUCAUGCAGGCAUCUUCACUUUUGAGUGCGAUGUCAUUCAUGUCAGUGAGAGCAUUGGUGUCAUGGAGGUCAAGGUCCUCCGGACAUCGGGUGCCAGGGGCACAGUCAUCAUCCCCUUUAGGACAGUGGAAGGGACCGCCAAGGGUGGUGGUGAGGACUUUGAAGACACCUAUGGGGAGUUGGAAUUCAAGAAUGAUGAAACUGUGAAAACCGUAAGGGUUAAAAUAGUAGAUGAGGAGGAAUACGAAAGGCAAGAGAAUUUCUUCAUUGCCCUUGGUGAACCGAAAUGGAUGGAACGUGGAAUAUCAGGUAAGAAGGUGCCAAGGACUCCAAAUAUGAGGAUUCCAGAAAGAGGCAGGCCAACGGUACCAGGCAGUAGGAGGGUCAGCUUCCCUCACCCUCCUUUGAGAAUUGAAACAACAUGUCACGAGAAAGAUGUGACCGACAGGAAGCUAUCCAUGGAGGAGGAGGAGGCCAAGAGGAUAGCAGAGAUGGGAAAGCCAGUGUUGGGCGAGCACCCCAAAUUAGAAGUAAUCAUUGAAGAGUCCUAUGAAUUCAAGAGUACAGUAGACAAAUUAAUCAAGAAGACAAACCUGGCCCUGGUUGUGGGGACACAUUCCUGGCGUGAUCAGUUCAUGGAGGCCAUCACUGUCAGUGCAGCAGGAGAUGAGGAUGAGGAUGAAUCAGGUGAGGAGAGGCUGCCUUCCUGCUUUGACUAUGUCAUGCACUUCCUCACCGUCUUCUGGAAGGUGCUAUUUGCCUGUGUGCCCCCCACAGAGUACUGCCAUGGCUGGGCCUGCUUUGUGGUUUCAAUCCUCAUCAUUGGUAUGCUCACCGCCAUCAUUGGUGACCUGGCUUCCCACUUUGGCUGCACCAUUGGCCUCAAGGACUCCGUCACAGCCGUUGUUUUUGUGGCCUUUGGCACCUCCGUCCCAGACACCUUUGCCAGCAAAGCAGCCGCCAUCCAGGAUGUAUAUGCAGAUGCCUCCAUAGGCAAUGUCACGGGUAGCAAUGCGGUUAAUGUCUUCCUGGGCAUUGGCCUGGCCUGGUCAGUGGCUGCCAUCUACUGGGCCCUGAAAGGACAGGAAUUCCACGUCUCAGCGGGCACCCUGGCCUUCUCUGUCACCCUGUUCACCAUCUUUGCUUUUGUCUGCAUCAGCGUCCUCCUAUACAGGAGACGACCCCACCUUGGUGGGGAGUUGGGUGGCCCUCGGGGCUGCAGGCUGGCCACAACUUUGCUCUUCGUGACCUUGUGGCUCCUGUACAUUCUCUUUGCCACACUGGAAGCCUACUGUUACAUCAAAGGGUUCUGAGCAGCUGAGGGCCGGUGGAUCCAAGGAAGCUCUCAGCCUCACCACCCCCCUCCAGUGACCACCAGGAUGUUUGGCUGAGGAGAGAAAGCACCAGACAGACAUCCAUGUCACUGGAACACCAUCUUCUGCUUGAAUCUCCCCCAGUCUAGGCCCUGGGACUAAUGGACAACAUGAAGGGGAAAGUUGUAACCAGUCAAACAGAAAGACAAAAGAAGCCACAAAUUAUCAAGUAUUUAAAUACAAGCCAACAAUAGCAACAAAAUCAACUUCCACCUCCUUCCUACCCACAGUCCCAGCCUUCAUAGCAGAGGAUCACGCCCAUCUUCUUACUGCUUUUCAGCUCCAUUGUAUUUGGUUGUUUCACGUUCUCAGGGUUGGGAUUUCUCUUGUGGGUCUCAACUGGAUAUCUCUCUCUCUCUCUCUCUCUCUCUCUCUCUGUCUGUCUCUCUCUCACACACACAAUGUUUUCACAUCUGGCUGACAGCUUUGGAGGCAAAUCAGAUCACAAUCAUUUGACUUGGCCUCUUUUUCUAAUUUGUAUCAUUAUUAUUGUUAUUAUUAUUAUUAUUAUUUGGUGUCAGGUUUACCUCAUUGUUUAGUCUUUUCCUCCUGACAUCCGUGACAAAGGUGAAAUGGAGCAACACUGGGCUGUUGUAUAAAGAAAAGUGUGAAUUUUUCAGCCACAAACAAUUUCACUCUCUAAGGGACAUCCAUUAUGAUUCUGUCCCUGUUUCCUUUCUUCCCCUCAGAGUCUUUUAUAGGACUGAUAUACUUAAUGUGAAAAGAUAUAUGUGCGUGUACGCGAACAAAUACACACACAAACAUAUAUAGCCACACUCAUACAUUUUUUGGGAGAAAAAUCGAACAUUAGAGCUUCGAAAAAGGAAAAAAAAACCUUAAAACAGAACAAAAAUCUUUGUGUUUCCUGCCCCUGUUGUUGCAUUUUGAAUACAGCUUUUAUAUGUCUAUCAGUUCCUUCAUGACCAUGGUAUUUUAUGAAGAACUAUCUGAAUGUGGAUUUACUCUGGGGAAGUGAUAGGAACGUAAGGCACAAGAUAGAAAAGACCUGGCAGAGGAAGGUGUGAUGUGUGACUUCUUGAUCUUCUUUGAUUUGUUUUUUGAGGUAGGAUGAGAGGCAUGUGAAUAUAUCAAGAUUUUCUUUAAGGCAAAACAAAAACGUAUCAGCUAUUUGGUGUUCUCACCAUUUGGUGCUUUUGAGAAAUGUUGACUUCUCCAUGAUCCUACCACCUAGAGUAUCAUUGUGCUAGAGUUCACCAAAUUUCUUAAAGUCACAUGAAUUUGAGAGAAGCUGGGAGUAAGAAAGACUCCUUCCAUCUGCUACUCUAAUUUCUCUAUGCCUUUGAGAGAUGAACCCCGAGUUCUGUGCAGUUCUUGUAACUCACCAAGGUGGGAUAUGUUGGCCAGAUAUCUCUUAAUGGGCUCUCAUUUUUUCAAAAUUUCAUGAAGAUAUUUUUCCAUCUGUACCUGAGUUAUUUUUCUGUGAUCAUAAUUUUCUGAGGUCCUAGUUUGGGGAAUGACACUUCAUGUUGUUCAGAUCUUGACAAGGUUUGAGAUGUCUUGUCUUUAAAAAUACACACACAUAAUCACCAUAAAACUGCCGCAAUUCUUCAGGUUUCUUCAUUGACAUAAGUACAUUUUUUAAGAGUAAAAAAGUGAAAAGAGCAAAAAGUACUCAUUUAAUUUUAAACCCAUUUUUAAAGAAAAAAAGUGCUCAUGUCAUAAGGUCUAUUGACAGUCACCAUUGGAAAUUUUGGGGUGGUUAAAAAAAUAAAAGCUAUACUCUAUCUCUUUAAAAAUACAUGCCACUUAUCCUUGCUUUUCUUACCUGCAAAAGGCCAGAAUGCCAUUUUGGGUCCUCUUCUCAAUGUAAUUGAGAUGAAAAUGUCAUUUAUGGUGAAGUGUGCUUCCAAUGAUGCUAUUUGUGUCAGAUUUUAUUUCAAAAAGACAGGCUAGCACUGGCAGAGGAAGCUCCAGUAGGGCCAGACUAGAACUGAAGAAAUUGCAGGGUAGCAAAGGCUGGAGCAACAAUUCUUGCAGAAGGAAAAGGGAGGUAGGAAGGAGUCUUUUGUCAUGGGAAGGAAUGUAAAAGGUUGUGAGGACUAAUCUCAAAUGGAGAAAAGUGAAUCUUUUUCAUAACCCAAGGACACAUAAUUCUCUCUCCUUCACAAACACAUUCAAAUACACUAAAUUUCAUUCCAAGUUGGUAUGUCCUAUAGAACAUGCCUAUGAUGGGAUUGUUAAGGUCAGUAUCAGAAAAUCACAAAGACAAACUUGGUGUAUUUAUACAGUAAAACUGAAUUCAAGUUAACAUCUGGGAUUUGCAAAGGAGAUGGAAUCAAGCAACAUCAACAAACACUUGAAAGUGACUCACUUGUGCAAGGUGGGCAUGUGUAUUUCUUAAUUUACAUUUGUCAGAUGCAAACCUAUAACACUGUUUAGCCAGUUGAACAGCAAAGAAGAGAAAUUAUAAAAUCCAUAUGGGACCUGA